AUCCUGAAGUUUGAUAAAUCAGACGUUUAUCAUUUUUAAGCGCUGACAGAAUGUCUGACACAUUUUUCAACAUCAGUAAGACCCAAACUGCCUGUCUCUUUAAAGUGUUUUUUCCUCCAGCCUGGAGGUCAGUCUGGAAGAGGAGGAUGAGGUCUUCAUUGGGCCUGUGAAACACACUGAGAGGUGUGUGGCCAAGAGCAUUGACCUGAACAUUCAGAAGAGAGGGGAGAGCCAGAGGAGAAGAAGCAAACAGGGCUUGUGGAGCUGGAGCCCCCUGAGUGCAGAUAAACUGGAGGAGAUCUCCAGGGAGGCCAACCGACUGGCCAUGCAGCUGGAGAAGACCAGCCUGAAAGAGAACACAGGGAUUGGGGGCAGGAGCUCACCGCCAGGGGAGGCCAGAGCCAAACUCAGGGUGCUGAAGGACGAGACGGGAGACGUACCUGGUGAAAAACAGCCCUGUGAAGUCACUUCUUCCCUCUGUAGACACACUGUGAGGAGGUCCACAUCGCUGGCAGCACUGCCCUCGUCCAGCCUAGGCCAUGCAGUAGAGAUGAAUCACUGGAAAAGCUCAGCAAGAGAACGGCCACUUCCAGCUCCCCGGCGUCUAACAGACUGGCACAGGAUUCCAAGACAGCCGCUGGUAAGACUGCUUGUUCACUAACUACCAGCAAACUGUCAAAGUGCGAGAAAAUCACACCAAGCAAGGGCCCAUGCUCAUCCACACCUGACAAACUGCAGGGAGACCAUACUUUGACACCCAGCAAAGGUGCCUCCUCUCCAGCAUCUGGACAACUGGCAAGGGUCGACACACCAACACUGAGCAAAAGUGCCUCUUCUCCAUCAUCUAUAAAACUGGCAAGGGUCGACACACCAACACUGAGCAAAAGUGCCUCCUCUCCAUCAUCUAUAAAACUGGCAAGGGUCGACACACCAACACUGAGCAAAAGUGCCUCCUCUCCAUCAUCUAUAAAACUGGCAAGGGUCGACACACCAACACUGAGCAAAAGUGCCUCCUCUCCAUCAUCUAUAAAACUGGCAAGGGUCGACACACCAACACUGAGCAAAAGUGCCUCCUCUCCAUCAUCUAUAAAACUGGCAAGGGUUGACACACCAACACUGAGCAAAAGUGUCUCCUCUCCAGCAUUUCGAAAACUGCCACUAAGCAGGAAUGUGCGCUCGCCCACGGGCAUUUUGCACCCGCGCCAUGCAAGAUGUCAUCCUCCCAGCUGUCUCGCCAAUUGCCAAAAGAGGAGAAAAUGACACGAAGCAAAUCUGUUUGCUCACCAGCAUCCAGCAGAUCACAGAGUGGUAAAAAGACAACCUCAAUGAAGGCAUCCUGCUCCCGGACUGAGAGAAAGGAAGACCUUCACUGUGGCUCCACAGUUAAGCAAAAAGAAAACACUUCUGUAGCCUCUUCAGUCUCCGCCCAUCAGAAUCUGAACUCGUCGUUAGCCGGGAGACCUGGGGCCGCCCCAAUCCCCUUACGCUCAGAGAAAUCUAACACAUUCAGAGAGAGAACAGGCAUCCCUGCGCCAGUCAGCGGGCUGCCAACUCUGUCAGCCAUCCGAAAACCCUCAGCAAAGUCAGGGGGUACCAGCCAGCUGCAGCCCCCCAGCGACAGAGCUCCUUCUGGGAACGGCUUAGCAAGACCAGGGUCCUUGACACAACGCAAGGGUGGGCUCCAAGCUCCUUCAGCUGGACAGUCUAACCUUCCUACGUAUGCAAAUCGAAGCAGGCUGGUCCCACCUAAGAAGGCGACACAAGCAACUGAACGUUGAUUUGCCCUCAGGAUUUACAGCGUACUUCAUUGCUUACUGGACACUUCAUCAAUAGACAGGGUGACAAAGAACUGAAAAAUCCAGUGUGGCCACUAGAUGUCACUCUUGCUCUAUGUAAUCAUCACCUGUACAGCUGGCUGCAGCUACCUAGUAUAUUGCAAGAUAUUUCAGAUCUACUAACAGUUCAGCUACAAUGAAUAGGAUAAGGAAGAUUUUAAAGCCUUGUUACUUCACCCUUAAUUCAUCCAACCAUAUGAUAACUAUACAAAGAAGACUUCUUUUCUUUAUUGUGAUUUUCCUGUAAUUGUGGGAUUUUAAAUAGCUGCUUUUGGAUGUUGCCAUACAGGAAGGAGGGGGUCAAAUUCCUCCCUGAAAAUACAUGCGAGUGUGGCUGGAGCCUUAAUAGGCUAAAUUUUAAUUAUUGAUUAAUUGGACUCCAGCCACAGACUAUAAAAGCCAGGAGGAAUCCUUUGUCUGGGUGGAGUGGUUUUGUUUGGAGAAAGACACAGAUUGAGGGUUGCCAGCAAAAGA